CGGCGGCAGCGAGGGAGCGCGAAGGGAGCGCGAAGGGAGCCCGGGGCUCGGCUCGGCUCGGCUCGGAUCGGAUCAUGUCGCCAUGUCGGAAGUGAGGAAGUUCACGAAGCGGCUCAGCAAGCCGGGCACGGCGGCCGAGCUGCGGCAGAGCGUGUCGGAGGCGGUGCGCAGCUCCUUCGUCCUGGAAAAAACGAAAGUGGUGGAACCCCUGGACUAUGAGAACGUGAUCCUCCAGCGCAGAGUUCAGAUCUACAGCGAUCCCCUCCGGGACCUCCUGAUAUUUCCAAUUGAGGAUGUGUCUAUCUCAGUCAUCGGCCGACAGAGAAGGACUGUCCAGUCAACAGUGCCAGAAGAUGCUCUAAAGAAAGCUCAGAGUCUCUUUGUCAAAGAGUGCAUUAAAACGUACAGCUCUGACUGGUUCGUGGUGAACUACAAAUAUGAGGAAUACUCAGGAGACUUCCGGAUGUUGCCAUGCAAAUCCUUUAGGCCAGACAAGAUUCCAAGCCAUGUGUUUGAAAUUGAUGAAGACUUUGAAAAGGAUGAGGACUCCUCUUCCCUGUGCUCCCAGAAGGGGGGUGUGAUAAAGCAGGGCUGGCUGCACAAAGCAAAUGUCAACAGCACCAUCACUGUUACCAUGAAGGUAUUCAAGAGGAGGUAUUUUUACUUGUCACAGCUCACAGAUGGCUCCUAUAUUCUGAAUUCCUACAAAGAUGAGAAAAUUUCAAAAGAAUCCAAAGGCUGCAUUUUCUUGGAUGCUUGCAAUGAUGUGGUUCAGUGUCCCAAGAUGCGCCGCUAUGCCUUUGAGCUGAAGACAAUAGACAAGUACAGCCACUACCUUGCAGCUGAAACUGAGCAGGAGAUGGAGGAAUGGCUGGUAACUCUGAGGAAGAUCAUUCAGAGCAAUACUGAGGGUUUGGUGCAAGAGAAGAAAGAUGCUGUGGAGUCUGUGCAAGAUGAUGAAUCGAGCACGCAGGGAAAGUCAGAGAACAUCCUGGAGAGCCUGGAGAGAAGCAUGCAUCCAGAGCUGAUGAAGUAUGGAAGAGAAACAGAUCAACUAAACAAACUGAGCAGGAAUGACGGAAGACAAAACAUCUUUUCUUUUGACCCAGAAGUCCAGAGACUCGAUUUCUCGGGGAUUGAGCCAGAUGUGAAGCCUUUUGAGGAAAAGUGCAGCCGGCGCUUCGUGGUUUGCUGCCAGGACUUCUCCCUCAACCUCCUCGCUCAGCUGAGUGACAGGGCAGAAGAAGGACCCACCAACGUUGAGCCCUUUUUCCUAAGCUUGGCGUUAUUCGACCUGAAAAGUAACUGCAAGAUUUCAGCUGACUUCCACGUGGACCUGAACCCCCCCUGUGUGCGGGACAUGCUGCAGGAGGGCUCAGAGCCCAGGGCAGAGGGAGCCCCAGGGCAGUGCCCUGGGCAGAGCCUGCUGCACGGCGUCCCCGAGUCCUGCCUGCGCUACAUAAAACAGGGGGUGUUCUCCGUGACCAACCCACACACAGAGAUCUUCCUGGUGGCCCGAGUGGAGAAGGUGCUGCAGGGCAGCAUUGCCCACUGUGCAGAGCCCUACAUGAAAAACUCAGACCCUGGGAAGACUGCCCAGAAGGUCCACAAGGUGGCCAAGCAGGUGUGCAGCCGUCUGGGGCAGUACCGGAUGCCCUUCGGCUGGGCUGCCAGGCCAGUUUUCAAAGACUCCCAGGGCACUCUUGAUGCUGAUGGAAAAUUCUCACCCCUGUACAAGCAAGACAGUGGCAAACUCUCAAAUGAAGAUAUGCUGAAGCUUUUAGCUGAGUAUAAGAAACCAGAGAAGACAAAACUGCAGGUCAUUCCAGCCCAGUUAAAUAUCAUCAUCAAAGACAUCCCACUGGACUUCACAAAUUGUUUCACAGCUUCUUACAUUCCUAUAAAACCCUUUGAGAAGGGCUGUGAGGACGUUGCAGUUGAAGUGGAGGAGCUUGUCCCAGAAGUUGCAAAAUACUGUUACCCCUUCACUGUCUACAAAAAUCACCUCUAUGUCUACCCCCUGCACUUGAAGUAUGAGAACCAGAAGGUGUUUGCAAAGGCAAGGAAUAUUGCUGUCUGUGUGGAGUUCAGGGAUUCAGAUGAAGCUGAUGCCAAGCCAUUAAAGUGCAUAUAUGGCAAGCCCGGGGGCCCUCUGCUGACCACUCACGCCUACGCUGCCGUGCUGCACCACAACCAGAGCCCCGAGUUCUAUGAUGAGAUUAAAAUUGAGCUUCCAAUUCACCUCCAUCAAAAGCAUCAUUUGCUUUUCACCUUCUAUCAUGUCAGCUGUGAAAUUAAUACAAAGGCUACAUCGAAAAAACAAGACACCGUUGAAACUCAAGUGGGGUUCUCCUGGGUGCCGCUGCUGAAGGACGGGCGCGUCGUGCCCUUGGAGCGGCAGCUGCCCGUGUCCUGCACCCUCCCCCCCGGGUACCUGGGCCUUCCAGACUCAGACUCACGCAAGCAACCCAGCAUGGAUGCAAAGUGGGUGGAUGGAGCAAAGCCACUGUUUAAAAUCAGAAUCCAUUUGGACUCUACCAUUUACACCCAGGACAUGCACUUGCACAAAUUCUUCCACUACUGCCAGCUGGUUCAGGCGGGAGCUAAGGAAGUGCCAGGAGAGCUUGUUAAAUACCUAAAGUGUUUGCACGCCAUGGAGAUCCAAGUAAUGAUUCAGUUUCUACCUGUAAUUCUUAUGCAACUAUUUAGAGUCCUCACAAACGUGACGCAGGAGGAUGAAGUAGCUGUCAACUGCACCAUGGUUCUUCUGCACAUCGUGUCCAAGUGCCAUGAGGAAGGGCUGGACCACUACCUGCGCUCCUUCCUGAAGUACGUGUUCCGAGCCGAGAAACCCAGUGCCAAGCAGGCCAAGAUGACCCACGAGAUCCUGGUGCUUUCCAUGGCCACCAUCUUGAAGCAGUCAGCAGAUUUUCUGGCCAUCAAUAAGCUCCUCAAGUACUCGUGGUUUUUCUUUGAAGCACUGGCAAAGUCCAUGGCAAUGUACUUACUGGAAGAAAACAAAAUCAAGCUGCCCAGAGGGCAGAGGUUCCCUGAGUCCUACCAGCACGCCCUGCACUCGCUGCUGCUGGCCAUCAUCCCCCACGUCACCAUCCGCUACAACGAGAUCCCUGAAGAGUCCAGGAAUGUCAACUUCAGCCUGGCUAACUUCCUGAAGCGUUGUUUGACCUUUAUGGACAGAGGAUUUGUUUUUAACUUGAUAAAUGAUUACAUUUCUGGAUUCAGCCCAAAAGACCCUAAGCUGCUGGUUGAAUACAAGUUUGAAUUUCUUCAAACUAUUUGCAAUCAUGAGCACUACAUUCCUCUGAACUUACCAAUGACAUUUUCCAAACCCAAGCUGCAAAGAGUUCAAGAUACAAACCUUGAGUACAGUUUAACUGAUGAGUAUUGCAGGCAUCACUUCCUCGUGGGGAUGCUUCUUAGAGAAGCCUCUGUUGCCUUGCAGGACAAUUAUGAUAUCAGAUACACGGCCAUCUCAGUCUUAAAAAACCUCCUGAUCAAGCAUGCCUUUGACAACAGAUACCAGCACAAGAACCAGCAGGCAAAAAUUGCCCAGCUGUACCUGCCGCUGUUCGGGGUGCUCCUGGAGAACCUGCAGCGCGUGGCCGGCCCCGAGGCCCUGACCUCCUGCCCUGCCUCCAGCCCCGCAUCCAGGGAUGAAUUCAUAUGCAGUUUUCCAUCUCCCUCAAGCAGAUCCAGCCUGAUUGCAGACAAAGAUACAGCCUGUGGAGCAGCCCUUCCAAAUGGCCAUUCAAUAAAGAGAGAGGACUCAAAAGGAUCCCUGAACUCGGAGGGAGCAACCAGUUCCCCGGAUCAGAGUGAAAAUAUCCGCAGGAGCUCCAUGAGGAGCAGCGUGUCCCACUGCAGCCGGCUGGACCAGUUCGAGAUCCGGACCCUUCUCAUGUGCUACCUGUACAUUGUGAAGAUGAUCUCUGAAGAUACUCUUUUAGCUUACUGGAACAAAUUCUCCCCCCAGGAGCUGAUCAAUGUCCUCAUGCUUCUGGAGGUGUGUUUAUUUCACUUCAGAUACGUGGGGAAGAGAAAUAUUGCCAGCUCCUGCAUGAGACCCCCAGGCUCAGGCGAGCGCAGGUUGGCAGUGUCCCCCCCAGCCAGCUGCAGGGUGCAGGAUGCCUGGCUGGCCAAGCACACGGCGGCCGAGAGGAAGUCCCAGACGAUGCCGGCGCUGCGCAGCCGGGCCGGGGCACGGCUGCAGCACCUGGGCAGCCUGGAGAGCUCCUUCACCCUCAACCACAAUGCAGGCACCUCAGAAGCAGACAUUGUGCACCAGGCAUUACUGGAGGGCAAUAUUGCCACCGAAGUGUGCCUGACAGUCCUGGACACCAUCUCAUUUUUCACUCAGAGUUUCAAGACCCAGCUUUUAAGCAACGAUGGCCACAAUCCACUUAUGAAGAAGGUUUUUGAUAUUCAUCUGGCUUUUCUGAAAAAUGGGCAGUCAGAAGCAGCCCUUAAGCAUGUGUUUGCCUCUCUGAGAGCUUUCAUUAGCAAGUUUCCCUCAGCAUUUUUCAAAGGAAGGGUGAACAUGUGUGCUGCCCUCUGCUAUGAGAUCCUGAAGUGUUGCACUUCCAAGGUGUCCUCCACAAGGAACGAAGCCUCUGCUCUUCUGUACCUCCUGAUGAGAAAUAAUUUUGAGUUCACCAAAAGGAGAACAUUUCUGAGAACACAUCUUCAGAUAAUAAUUGCAGUGAGCCAGUUAAUUGCAGAUGUGGCCCUCAGUGGUGGGACCAGAUUUCAGGACUCCUUGCUCAUCAUUAACAACUUUGCAAACAGCGACAGGCCCAUGAAGGCAACAGCUUUUCCUUCCGAAGUCAAAGAUUUGACCAAGAGAAUCCGCACAGUGCUCAUGGCCACAGCUCAAAUGAAGGAACACGAGAAGGACCCAGAAAUGUUGGUGGAUCUCCAGUACAGUUUGGCCAAGUCUUACGCAAGCACCCCCGAGCUCCGGAAGACGUGGCUGGACAGCAUGGCCAAGAUACACGUGAAGAAUGGAGACUUCUCAGAGGCAGCCAUGUGUUAUGUUCACGUAGCAGCCCUCGUUGCAGAGUUCCUGCACAGGAAGAAACUGUUUCCCAGUGGAUGUGCUGCCUUCAGGAAGAUCACUCCCAACAUUGAUGAAGAAGGUGCAAUGAAAGAAGACGGUGGCAUGAUGGAUGUACAUUACAGUGAGGAGGUCCUGGUGGAGCUGCUGGAGCAGUGUAUAGAUGGCCUGUGGAAGGCAGAGCGUUACGAAACAAUUUCUGAGGUUUCCAAACUGAUCAUUCCUAUUUAUGAAAAGCGGCGUGAAUUUGAGAAACUCACCCAGCUGUACAGAACACUUCACGGAGCAUAUGCUAAGAUAUUGGAAGUAAUGCACUCAAGGAAGAGGCUUCUUGGAACCUUUUUCAGAGUGGCCUUUUAUGGACAAACAUUCUUUGAGGAAGAAGAUGGGAAGGAAUAUGUCUAUAAGGAGCCCAAACUGACAGGCCUCUCGGAGAUCUCCUUCAGACUUCUUAAACUUUAUGGAGAAAAAUUUGGGUCAGAGACUGUAAAGAUUAUCCAGGAUUCUAAUAAGGUCAACAUUAAAGACCUUGAUCCCAAGUAUGCCCAUAUUCAAGUGACUUAUGUGAAGCCCUACUUUGAAGACAAAGAAAUGUCUGAAAGAAAAACUGAAUUUGAAAGAAAUCAUAAUAUCAAUAGAUUUGUGUUUGAAACUCCUUACACUUUAUCUGGAAAAAAGCAUGGCAGUGUGGAAGAGCAAUGCAAAAAAAGGACCAUUCUAACUACUUUGAACUCCUUCCCAUAUGUUAAGAAGAGAAUUCCAGUCAAUUAUGAACAUCAAGUUAAUUUAAAGCCAAUUGAUGUCGCUACUGAUGAAAUAAAGGACAAGACAGCAGAGCUGCAGCAACUCUGCAGCUCUGCUGGUGAUGUUGACAUGAUCCAGCUGCAGCUCAAACUGCAGGGCUGUGUCUCUGUGCAGGUUAAUGCUGGUCCUUUGGCCUAUGCCAGAGCUUUCCUAAGUGACAGCCAGUCCAGCAAAUAUCCUGCCAAGAAGGUGAAUGAGUUAAAAGAAAUGUUCAGGAAGUUUAUCCAAGCCUGUGGAAUUGCUCUGGAGCUCAACGAGCGUCUCAUUAAGGAGGAUCAAGUGGAGUACCACGAGGGGUUAAAGUCAAACUUCCAGGAUAUGGUGAAAGAGCUUUCUGACAUCAUCCAUGAACAGCUUUGAAGACAAGAUCUAUCAUGAAGACACAAUGCAUUCACCGUGGAUGCAGGACUCCCUUCACGUCUUCUGUGCGAUCAGUGGAACCUCUGGUGAUGGAAGUUACUGCUCACUCAGACCCACUGCUGACAUAUAAACAUAUCAGUCAUAUUUUACAGAGCCUCCUCAGGAAUUCUUGGAACUGUACAAAGGAUGUUUAAAACCAUCCAUGAUGAGCAAAGAUUGAAUUGCAGGGUGGUUUGGUUUGUUUUGCUUCAUUUUUUUUUCCCCACAAAAAAAGUUGCCAUGCUUUCAAACAGGGUGCUUGCUUAUUUUGCUGAGCAACAUUGAAAGUGCCUGGACAUUGCACCACUGUGCUUGUUUUCUACUAUUUUUUUUAUGCUAAAGGAACAGCAGGAUGUGGAAAGGCAAUUAUCUAAAUACAUGUUGAAUUGCUGAACUAUGAAUUGAAACAAUGACGUACUGUGUAAAGUUGUACAAUGGAAUAUAAUAAAAUGUAAAAGUACUUUGUAAA